AUGAAAGACCUUGGUGCAGCUAAGAAGAUUCUAGUUAUGGAGAUUCAUACGGAUCAAAAAAUUGGGAAGCUUUACCUGUCUCAGAGGAAGUAUUUUGAGAAAGUCCUCGAUAGGUUUAAAUGUUUGAUUGUAAACCUGUUUCUACUCCGUUUGUUGCUCAUUUUAAACUGUCUGCUGACUCUUGUCCUAAGUCCGAAGAGGACAUUGAGAGGAUGUCUAUUAUCCCGUAUGCAGUGCUGGUAUGUUAUGGUUUGCACUAGACCUGAUUUAGCUUUUGCGGUAAGCAUGGUGAGCCGAUACAUGCAUAAUCCUAGAAAAGAUCAUUGGAAUGCCGUGAAGUGGAUUCUUCGUUGUGUGAAAGGGUCUAUUGAUAUUGGUUUGGUAUUUGAUAGAGCCAAGGCAUCGUCUUAUGAUGUUGUUAGGUUCCUUGAUUCUAAUUAUGGUGGUGAUCUCGAUCGUAGGAGAUCUAUUUCUGGUUACAUUUUUUCACUGUGCUCUGGUGCUAUCUCUUGGAAAGCACAAUUACGGUCUAUUGCAGCCCUUUCUACUACUGAAGCUUAG